AUGCGUUUCCUCUCUGAUGACCGAGAGGUCGACUCCAAGGCUGCUCAGAUGCAAGUCCUCUGCCUGGGCCUCUCACGCUGCGCAACAUCAUCACUCCAGGCAGCCCUCGAAUCUGAUAUCUUGAACGUGGGCCCUUGCAUGCACAUGGCUCAUAUUGCGCCCCAUGCCGACCGAGAACAGAUCGUCAUCGACGCCAUCAACGAGGAGGAUGCCGAGAAGAGGCAGAAGCUGCUUCACAAGAUCUACGACGGGUACGCGUCGGCAUGCGACUUUCCAGGAUGGUUGUUUGUGCCUGAUCUCAUGGACAUGUACCCCAAUGCAGCUGUGGUCUUGAACACGAGGAAAUCAUCGCAGGCGUGGGCGGAGAGCAUCGGCAACAGCCAUUCCUUCUUUGGCUCACGAUGGUACUACUGGCCCACGUUUCUCUGGAGGACAGACCGACUUCACUACGCGAUUCACCGAACCAGCUACGCUUGGAUCCAGCGUCGCUUUGGCAUCGCAGACAUGUUCACCGCCGAGUUCUAUGAACGGUAUAACGACUGGGUGCGCGAAGAAGCUAAGAAGCGAGGGAAGAGAGUCCUAGAGUGGCAGGCGACGGACGGGUGGGAGCCCCUGUGCGAAUUCAUCGGCAAAGAGCCGCCAAAGGACAAGAGGACGUUUCCUCAUUUGAAUGAUGCGAACCAGAUGACUUUUGUGAAGCGGAUACUGGUUGGGAGAGGGUUGGUUGCUUGGGCGGCUUUGUUUGGAGUCGUGUGGGGUGGAUGGAAGUCUUGGCCUUGGGUAUUGGAGAAGUUGGCACCUUUCAGAGGAUGA